AUGUCGAGUUUCGAGGUACUGGUGAACACUACUAGUGCGCCCCCUAUUAGCUGUUUGGCGCCCAAUAAUAUAGCGCCAAAUACGGCGACCACGUGCUCGACACUACUCUCGGCCAACGUUACGAUUGUGGUGUCUUUGGUGACCCCACACGCCGUCAAACCCGUGGCUAAAUGUACUAUAUCCUAUGUUGUGUCAUUUCCCAAACAUUUCACCAGGGCUACUAAUGGUGGCAAAAAUUGGAUAGUACUAUGCGCCGGUAGUAAUGAUUGGUUCAAUUACGCUGACCAGGCAAUAGUGUACCGGGCUUAUCAUUUAUUCCGGUCUUAUGGUAUACCCGAAGAAAAUAUCAUAAUUUUUCAUUACGACGACAUCGCGUAUAAUAAACAAAACCCGACACCCGGUAUUGUCAUCAAUGAGUACAACGGCACCGAUGUCUAUAAGGGUGUCCCAAAAGACUACACCGGAAAGGAUGUCAACCCUACCGUACUACAGGGUGACCAAGAGUUAGCUAAAAGGGGCAAAAAGGUGGUGAAUAGUGGACCUAACGAUCAUAUAUUCGCAUAUUUUGGUGACCAUGGAUUUCCGGGCGGUGUAAGUUUUGCAACAGGUUCACUUUACGCAACUGAGUUAAACGCGGCUUUGAAGCGUUCAAUGUUCUAUAAGCUGUUACCCGACAAUAUUAAUAAUACUGGACAAUCCGUGUAUUACGUCUACAACGACAGCGACAAUUAA